AUGGUAUAUUUUUAUCAAUCUCAACCCGAUGAGCUUUCAAUUCCACAUUGGAUAGUUGUUGGGAAAGAUAAGGAGGAAAAUGAUCUGCUGAUCAAAUAUGGCUACAAGGAUCUAGGUUAUUAUUGGUUCCAUGCAGAUAGGUAUUCGAGCGCACACGUCUACCUUAAGUUACUUGAUUCAGAAAAGGACCUAGCAGACGUCCCUCGGUUAGUGAUUAACGAUUGCUUACAAUUAUGCAAAUCUAAAUCGAUCCAAGGUAACAAACUAGCCCAGUGUGCCAUAAUUGUCACACCCUGGCACAAUCUCCGGAAAAGCGGUUAUAUGAAGCCAGGUGAGGUUUCCUUUAAGUCUACUAAACGUGUGCAGCGAAUGGAAUGCCAUGCUAGGGAGAAUAAGAUUUUAAAUAGAUUGGAUAAGACGCGCAUUGAGGUCAUUGACAACGUGGAGCAAUUGCUUCAUGAGGCAAAGAAGAGCAAAGAUGGAGAAUUUCUUUCAAACUUCGUUAAAAUGAACAGAGAUCGUCUACGAGAGGACGAGCAAGAGCGAAGAAGGACGAAUAAACUCAAGAAGAAAUCCCCCCAAAAUAAAGACUCGCAACCGGAAGAAAAAGCUACUGAAAGUCCAAGUUAA